AUGUCUAUGCAAGUGAGACGUCGGCCUCUGCCAACACAACACUUUACAAGGACACGUGGGCUCUUGGACGCCAUAGGACAGCCCCAACUUGUGACUUGUGACCUAAAUCCGAGCGAGAAGCCCCAGAAGAACACGGACAACCGGAAGGUGGGCAAUAUGCAUGUACGCAUGCGUGUGUUGCCAUUUGCAGUUGUGUCCGUUCGCGUGCUUGUCUGCCUGUCGGACAUGGGAACGUCGGACUGCGCAUCUGUCUGGAGUCAUGUGAGCGUCUAUGACCUUGAGCGCACUCUUUGCCGUCCACGCAUCGAUGGGAUGCAUGGGCAGGCGGCAUGA